UACACUUUGCUCGUCUUCUCAACAGCUGACUCACAAACUGAGAUGGCUGCUGCCAGCAAUCAGCUGUCUGAAGAUCAGUUCCUGUGCUCCGUCUGUCAGGAUGUGUUUAAUGAUCCAGUCACAACACCAUGUGGACACAACUUCUGCAAAAAGUGCAUCACUGAACACUGGAAUGUGAGUGACAGGUGCCAGUGUCCCAUGUGCCAAGAGGUUUUCACCACCAGACCAGAUUUGAGGGUCAACACUUUGUUCUCUGAGAUGGUUUCUCAGUUCAGACAGUCGACUCAGCAGAAAGCCAGAAGCAGCAGUUCAGAGCAACAAGAGUCCAAACCAGGAGAAGUUCCCUGUGACGUCUGCACUGGAACCAAACUGAAGGCCCUGAAGUCCUGCCUGGUGUGUCUGGUCUCCUACUGUGAGACUCACCUGGAGGGUCACCUGACAGCUUCACGCCUGAAGAGACAUCAGCUGAUGGACCCUGUGGAGAACCUGGAAGACAGGAUGUGUCUGAAGCACGAUAAACCUCGUCUGGAGCUGUUCUAG